UUUGGUUUGAACCAAGUGCCGUGUGCGGGUGGCGCGUGCACCCACCGACUCACGUCCCGGGUCGAUGUUGCUGUCGCCCAGGACGGCGGGCGUAAGGAGCACCGAGGCAACUACUUAAUGCAAAUACGACAAUUCCUAAAAUGUAAUCUCAAGUUUCUUCAGGAGCCUCAGGCAAACAAGCAUGGACAAUUUAACAAUUAAAUUAUCAAUAAAAAUGCACGGUGUGAGAAAAUCAACCAACAUUUCAUGUUUAAGGAAAAUAAAUAACUAUUGCAUUUUGACCGCAAGAUCUCUUGGUUUGUAUGGAAAUGAAGUUGGUUCCAUUCACAGAAAAAACUUGACCAUCCUCUGUCAGUUAGUAUGUCAGAAGACCACAUCUUUUGAGAGAGUUUGGACAAAACAAUCAAAUUCACCAGUGAUUUAUGAGAAAGGAAGGAUUUAUUUUGACAAUUAUAGAUGUUGUUUUAUUAGCACUGGACCUCAGCCCACCUUGCUUUAUGAAUUGCCCAAGCUCCACAAGUCUGAGAAGAUUGAGGAUGCACUGUUGUGCGAGUCACCUGUGGGUGAGAUGUUACCCAAACCAUCAGACCACAAGCCUGCAAUCUUGAUCCUUACUGCAAACAACUGGUUAAUCCGUAUGUCUACCAGGACUGCAAAGAUUAUAGAAAAAGUUUACCUCUCAUCGCAGUUGAAGUUCAGGUAUUUGACGUGGGACAAUACUCAAGAGACCAUAGUGGUAAAAACUACACAGAACAAAGUUACAGCUGCAGCUCGAGCGGCUGGAAAUCAACACUCAGUUCUGUUACAUUUAGCUUUGUUUAGUGUUCUACCUCUUACCUUUGUUGGAAUGAUGGGCAUUGACAAAAAGAUUUUUGGAAGCAAUGUAACAGAUGCCACUGUUUCUCAGGGGUUGCUCAUUGUGACACACAGUGUGGGACUGGUCAAGCUUUACAGUUUUCAGUGGAUCGUUGAGAUGUUUACAACGAAACACUGUAUUCUUGGACAAAACUGUGAAUGGAACAACACAACUGGAAUUGUAGGUGCAGCUCCAUUUGGAAUUCCAUGUAAUAUUAAAAUCACAGAUUGCCCACCAGUUCUAUUUGAAGUUGCUUGUCUUGAAAGUGCAUUGCAAAUCGGAGGAUAUCCCUGGCAUUACAUCAUCACACCUAAUAAGCAAAAUCAGAAAGGCACCUACCAUAUUAGCUCUUUAAAGGAUAAAACAUUGGCAGAGAAUGGAAUUCAAGAGAUGCAAUAUUCUUCUUUGGAAACUGAUUGGAUAUAUUUCCAUCCAGAUGAUUCUGGAAGGAUCAUGCACAUUGGACCGACACAAAUUAAUAUGUUGCAGCUGAUUGAAAAAUCUGAAGAUAAGCAAAGAUGGCAGGUUUUACAAGCAUUCACAAUUUUAUCUAAAAGAGAAAGAAAGGUGGAGAACUCGGUAACAGUGACAGCCUAUGGUCGGGUUGUGAAAAGACAGUGCUCUCAAUUAGAUGAUGAUCAGUACGAGACCUUUAAAAUGGUAGACUACGAAGAUGAGCUUGAACUGUUGACUGUUUUGGCAGUAGCUCCAACAGACAAUGAAGGGAACGCACAUCUCGAUUUUUACGACAACCAAACUGGCACAUUAAUUAAGAGUGUUCCAAUAAAGGAACCAUGGGAUAUUACCUACAAUCAUCAACUGUUCUUCGACAGAGAUACAAUUAUACAUACAGAACAACUGGCAAAUCGGACAUUUUGCUGUCACAUUUACAAAAUGGUACAAUGUCCUGAAGAUGAAGAUGGAAAUAAAGAUUGAUACAUCCUAGAUGGUUUCUCUCUUAUUUACAAUGAAAAUAAUUUGCUCUUGCAUUUGUACUGUGGAAGCUGCAGUAUGAACAAGGGUUAAGAUAGUUGUACAGCACAAUGUGGAAACUGCUGUAUGACAAAACUUUGUUUAAUAGCUGUACAGCACAACAACCUGUAGGCAUUCAUUGACGCACAUCAUGUUCCUGAUAGGUAUUCAUUGACGUACCCCAAUGUUUUGGGAUGGGUAUUCCUUGACGCACACCACAAGGUUCUUGAUAUUGAAAAUUAAAUAAAGGAUUAAAUAACA